CGGGUUUGAAAGUGGGAACGGAGGCGGCGCGUGGGCUUGUGCCGCUCUAGGCGUUCCUUCAUUGCCGCGGUAUGUCCUCGCUCGGCUCCCGUCGUUAAGGUCCGAACGGCGCCCGGGAAAAGCCAAAGUUGGUGGGAAAUACAGUAGAUGGUUCUUUCCCCCCCCCCUCUUCUUUAGUUGUUACAAACCUUCCCAGUGAAGCCACAGAAGGGAGAAUGUGUUCCCUGGCACUCUUCCCACCCCCACCCCCUCCAGGAGACAUCACCCUUUAUGAAUUUAACAAUGCCUUGGUUUCUGGUCGCAGCUAUGAGAAGCUUCCGCUUACUUUCCAAGGAGAGCUGGAGGAUCUUCCCACCCUGACCAUCCCCAAAGAAACGCUGAAAGCUCACAGCCGGCUGGAACACAGCACCAAGCCUGCCUUUAUUCAUCACCGUGAAUCACUCUGGAAGAGGUGCAUUAAUGCCUGGCGGGAUGUCGGUGUGGCUGGAGUCCUUGAAGAGCUGGCCAAUACAGAGGAGGAGAACAGCCUGGGCCAGAGGAUGGAUGAACAGUCUUGGGUGGACUCUGCAAGGGAGCUAGCUCUCCGUUGGAUGAAAACUGGAUCCCAUUAUACACUAGCCCUCUGCUGCUGGGUUUCUUCUCUCCAUGGCUCCUUCUUUCCCCAUUUAUCGCUUCAGAAGGAAGACAUGAUAGCAAAAUUCUCCCAAGCCGUAGAUUGGGCUGGCUGCCCAAUCCGAGCCUUUGCAUGGCAUCCUCACACGAGCAAGUUUGCCGUGGCCCUGCUGGAUGACUGCAUCCGUGUUUACAAUGCAAACAGUGCCACCGUGCCUGUCCUGAAGCACCGCUUGCAGCGGAAUGUGGCGUCGAUGGCGUGGAAGCCCCUGUGCGCGUCCAUCCUGGCCGUGGCGUGCCACAGCUGUGUGCUGGUUUGGCAUCUGGACCCCACUUCCCUUUCCACCAGGCCUUCGUCUGGCUGUGCCCAGGUCCUCAGUCACCCUGGCCAUAGCCCUGUCACCAGUCUGGCCUGGGCACCCAGUGGGGGAUUGCUGCUGUCCGCCUCACCAGUUGACACUGUCAUGCUUGUGUGGGAUGUGUCCACAGAAAACUGCAUCCAGCUGCAAUGGUUUGGAGGAGGUGGGGUCACCUACCUGGCGUGGUCACCGGAUGGCAGCAAAGUAUUAGCAGCGACCCCUUCGGCAGUCUUCAGGGUGUGGGAGGUCCAGAUGUGGACUUGCGAGAAGUGGCCAACCAUCAAAGGCCCUUGUCGGACUGGUUGCUGGAGUCCGGACGGCAGUCGCUUGCUUUUCACAGUUGAGGGAGAGUCAGUUAUAUACUCCUUGUCUUUCUUGGAAUAUAGUGGUGAACAGCAAGGCCAGGUUGGCGGGUCCAAAACAGCCUCCAUUGUGGCCGAUUUGUCAGAGACCACCUUUGAGACGCUCUAUGGGGAGGAGAGAAUUGGAGGGGAAGUGCACUCCAUGGUUUGGGACCCCAGCGGUGAGAGGCUUGCGGUCAUCAUCAGAGGAAAUCGUGACGAUCCAGGCUCCAGGACCAUCAUUGCAGUGUUUCGCACCCGCAACAGCCCUGUGUUUGAACUCUUGCCAUGUGGCUUCUUACAAGGUGAAGAUGAUGCAGAGCCUCAACUGGUUGCUUUCCACUCUUGCUUUCAGAAGGGAGCCUUGCUGACCGUGUGUUGGUCAACAGGAAGAAUCAGCCACAUCCCUUUCUUCUUUGUGACUGCCCGGCUCCCCUCUUUGAGCUCUGGGCAAAGUCCCCUGGUGCCUCCUGUGGGCAGCAGGAGCAGCGCGCGGGAACCACUGCUGUUUUCAGAACUCUGAAGGUCAACGUGCUGGGAAUGCCCUCCAAAAGCAACUCCAGCUUCAGAAGCGCUCUCCAGAAGGUGCCUCCAGCUUUUUUUUUUGCCUUCUUCCAGGGGUUGCUUGACUUAUCCUAAAGGCCGAGAUCUGUUACAUCUUCCUUCAGUCAGUUGCAACUCAGGUGGGAUUACCUGGCAUAAGGCUUUCUUACUUCCAGACCCGGUGCAGGUAGAACUUGCCUGAGAUAGACAUCCUUUUGUUCUGCUUGAGGACAAAAAUAAAAACCCAAAGAAGGACCGCCUGAUGACUGCCUGCUGCUUUUUUUCUGGGACACUUAAGGAGUGUUUCUCUUGGGUCGCUUUAUCACCUCCAAACAGCGCUCUACAGAAUUCAGAUUCCAAGGGAAUAAGCUGUUGGAACUUUGGCCAAGUGUUUUUUCGUUCCUGUCUUUUUCACGGGUCAUUGUGCUGCUCUGUAAAGUUGUGAAUUUCACUCCUCAGAGGUAGGAGCUGUGCUGGUAUUUGCUGAUGUGAAAGAGAGAGGAGAUGAUGGAUAAGAAGUUGAAAUGAUAGGCGUGCAAGCACUUAUGAAGUCAAAGGUUCCAGGAUCGAUCACCGAUGAAACCAGGAAAUGGCCCUGUCUAAAAUAGUACUUGCGAUCCUUUGAAGGCCACAUUUCUAUGUUACUCUAAAAAAACAUGUGGAAGACAUAUGGGAUCAAGAAACUCUGUUGGUAUGUUAUUCUAGUUACAGUUUAGAAGUUCAUAACUAAAGUCAUCUACAUGUGGUGAAGCCUAGGCCUGGAAGGGUUGUGGGAAUGUGUCAGACCAAAAAAAAGCAUCUCUGUGUACUGAUGUCAAACUGUUGUGAUUGUGUUUAGUUUGAAGAGGAGAUAUAUUAGAAGCCUACAAAUGUUAUAAAUGGUAUGGAGAGAGAGAGAGAGAGUCUCCCCCACCUGUUAAACAGAUGGCAUUUCUGUUACUGUGGCACAAUAUAUGGAUCUCCCUCCACAUAUUCUGGACUCUCAGAAGCCUCACCCUCAUUGUUAGCAUUGUUAACUAUAUGGGGUUGUGUGUGAGCCCUGAAGUCCAAAAUACAUGGCCGGCCGAAGAUUUGAGAAUCACUGAAUGGGACAACUACAUGUGCCAGACGUUUUCCUUUUGCCAUCUCAUCCUAUGCGCAUUUAUCUAAUCACUACCCCCCUUGUUUUCAGUGCAGGUUUACUCCCAGUUAGGUCUGUGUAGGGUUGCAGCUCUUCCCGUGGGCUCAGCAGCCGACUGGAUCUAGCCUGCAGAUAAGGCCAGUCUUACUAUUAAGCAGACGUUUGCCUCAGGCAGCAGGUUGAGGGUGUCACAGAAACUCAGCAAAUUAAGGAUUUAUCUUGUAUUACGUUUUUAUUUUCAUAGCCAGGGUUUGGGGAAAAGCGUGUGAGUUUUUCUCUCAUGCCCCCAGAUACUUAAGUACCUUUGAAUACUACACAUCCUAAUGAGAAAGGUAUGGAAAUAAUGGUAUGGAAAGCCCGUCAGUGCGGUCUCCUGGGCCUGACCUCCUUUACUUACUACACAAACAGUGAGUUUUUCUCAAGGCCCAUGUAAAGGCUAUUAACAUAAAUUAUAACUAUUCUCUCUAUUGCAGGCAUGAUGCUGAUAAAAUGAGGCCUUUUAAAAAAAAAAGAUACGAAGACUGGCAGUAGACAGUCUUUGCCUUGCAGAAUAGAGGGGGAGUAAAGCCCUCGUUGUCUUUCUAAUAUUCCAGAAUAUUACAUUAAAUGACUUGAAAGGCUAGGGUCAAUUAAAGUGGCUUGGAAAACCGCACUUGAAAGCAAGAAGAAGAAAAAAGGGAUGAAAUCCGAAGCCCCAGACUGAAUCGUCUUUGUAUUUCAUCCAAGAUUGCUACAAACAUAGUUGGAAGGAAGGGCCAAGACCCAUUAUUAGAUCUUUUCCCUUUUUUUAAAGGCUUUCUCUCUCUCCAAA